AUGGAGGAGCUCCAUGCCAAGAACGCGCAGCUUCAGCAGCAAGUAGCUUUGUUAUCUGCACAGAUGGCUCAGCUUCAAGCUCCAGCUUCUUCCCCUCCCCGUAGAAGGUGUCAUAUUGUCGUGCCAGACAAGUUUGACGGUAUUCAACCCAUAUUUCCUGCUUUUAUGGGACAAUGCCAGCUUUUGAUCAGCUUGAGAAUGGAGGACUUCCCCACUGACCAGGAUAAAGUGGGGUUUGUAUUCAACCUGCUCUCAGGCUCUGCAGCUCACUGGGCCAUGCCCCUGCUGGCCCAGGCUAGUCCUCUGUUGGAUGAUUUCAGGGGAUUUUGUGAGCAUCUCAGACUUAUUUAUGAGGACCCCAUCAAAAUGCAAACUUCCACCAGAUGA